AUGUUGUCCACAUCACUCAUUCUUACCAGUGCAGCAGCCUUAGCGGCGGCGGCGGCGGCGGCGGCAUCACCAUCAGCAUACUCUGCCUUGGUCGAACCAGAUACAAGAUCGCUCGACGCUAUAUACCAAGCAGCUCGCAAAGAGAAUGGCACUCUCCAAGUAUUCUGGGGUGGAGACGCUGGUAGCCAGGGCGACGAUCUUCGAACCGCCUGGGCUGCUCAAUACCCCGAUGUCAAGCUCAAUCUGACGGUCGACUUGUCGAAGUAUCACGACAAUCGAAUCGAUCGCGCAUACCAAGAGGGCAUUCAUGUGGCUGAUGUGGCCGUCCUUCAGACACUGCAAGAUUUUCCGAGAUGGAAGCAAGAAGGCAAGCUGCUGAAUUACAAGCCCGCCACCUUCGACGACAUCCUACAGGACCAGAAGGACCUUGAUGGGGCGUGGUACGCUUGCUUGGUGUAUAAUUUUGGGUCAAUUUUGUACGACAGUACCAAGCUCAAUGCUUCUCAAGUCCCGUCAUCCUUCGGCGACUUUGCGAAGCCAGAGUGGAAGGGGAAAUUGAUUCUGACCUACCCCAAUGACGACGAUGCCGUCGCAUCCCUGUUCGCGCUCAUUGUCGGUCGCUAUGGCUAUCAGUGGCUCUAUGAUCUGGCCAACAACGAUAUCCAAUGGGUUCGUGGCACCGGCACUCCAGGAUUCCAGUUGAUCGACUCACACAACACCACGUCCAAGAGAGUCCUAUCCUUUACAAGUUACGCCAAUGCCGACUUCUUGGCGACAAAGCUCCCAGAAGCUCCCGAGCAAUACGUAUCCUGGGCUCAGACAACCGGCAUAAUCAAGGACACACCAAUGCCCGAGUCCGCGAAGCUUUUCGUUUCGUGGCUCACGAGCAACGAGCGACAAAAUGCCACGGCGGCUUCUGGUUCCAGCUCUGUCCUGACGACUCUCAAUGAGCGAUAUGGUGUUUCUCCAUACACGAGCAAUGCCACCCAGAUCAAUGACUUCCGUGUCUUUGAACAGGAUCGUGCGAAUGUGGAGUGGUGGAAGAAUCUGUUUGAAGAGGUCUUGGGAACUCCCCAGGGCAAGAGUCCUACGGUGGUGUACCCCAACCCAUCGUCGUGA